AAUAUUUUGUGAACCCAACCUGGCAACCACAAAGGGGCCUGGUCGAGGAAAAUAAUUGGCCACAGCAGCAGACUACUUGGCAUUAAAGACGGCUGGCGUUUGGAUCUGCGGUAACCUUUUUCCAGAAGCUACUGUAGACUUUGUUGCCAGCAUCAAACUCGCUUCCUCUCGGCUGCAGGAAAAAGGAGAAAAGCCUCUGCUUGUGAACAAAUGCUAUAGGCCUGGAUUUGAGCUUUGUUGGUCCAUUCUUCCUGCCAGUUGUGAUCUUUUUUUGGCAUCUUCUUAAGCAAGGACAGUUCUACUAUUCAAAAUUGGAACUUUUUUUUUUUAUACAUCCAGCGUGGUGUUUGACACUCGCUCAAAAAUGGCCAUGUCGCAGGGGGGAACCGCAGAAAGGAUGAAAGAGAAGAUCAGUGCUGUCAGAGCGGUUGUUCCCAACAAAAGCAACAAUGAGAUUGUGCUGGUAUUGCAGCAUUUUGAGAACAGCGUCGACAAAGCAGUGCAGGCUUUCUUGGAAGGAAGUGCGACUGAGAUCCUGAAAGAAUGGAAUGUCACUGGCAAAAAGAAGCCCAAGAAGAAAAAGAAGCCCAAGCCUCAGCCGGAGCCCUCCGCCGAGGCUGUCCAGCCCGAGGCCGCCAUGUCGGAGGAGGGCAAGGACGAGAUGAACGGCUUUCACGCCAACGGCUCAGUAAUGGAUGGGGAGUCUCUCGAUUCGCUGAGUGAACAGUUGGACUCUGCUUCUUUGGAUGCGGCCGAGCUGGACUCUGAACCCGCUACAUCUGAGACUACCGGUGCAGAAGCAGAAAGUCAAGGUAGUGCUCCAAGUCCCGCCUCUCAGCAGGGGGGGAGGAAUCACCAGGGUCCCAGGGGCAACAAGUCCAGACACAGGCUAGGCUCAAAUUCACACCCCCCCUCAUCCUCUUCAGCAGCAGCAACCGGCGAUGAGCCGGGAUCAUCAGGGGGAAAGAAGAUAGCUUCCACCAUUGACCGCUCAGUGAAAGACCUGCAGAGAUGCACGGCCUCCUUGACGCGUUACAGGAUGGUGGUGAAGGAGGAGAUGGACUCUUCCAUCAAGAGGAUGAAACAGACGUUUGCUGAGCUGCAGAGCUGUUUAAUGGACAGAGAAGUGACUCUUCUUGGAGAGAUGGACAAAGUAAAAGCUGAGGCCAUGUCGAUCCUGGAUGCUCGGCAGAAGAGAGCCGAGGAGCUGAAGCGCCUGACGGACAGAUCUGCCUCCAUGUCGGAGGAGCAGCUGACUGAACUACGUGCUGACAUCAAGCACUUUGUGAGCGAGCGUAAAUACGACGAGGACCUCGGCAAAGCCGUGCGGUUUACAUUUGAACUUGAGCCGCUGAAGACGAGCAUCUCUGGUUUUGGAUCAGUGUACCAUCCUCGGACGGGCUACUCCAAUCGCUCCCGUUGUAGCUCCACGUCGUCCUCCAUCGCCGGCCCAAGUCAGGUUGAGACGCCUCCCCCCACCCAGGUCCAAAGCACCCCCAGUGAAACCCGCCCUCCCCCAGCUAAACAGACCCUCCCACUAACUCUUUUCAAUGAAGAAUAAAAUUCAAGUUUACAUGUUUCAGUCAGAUGAGCUGUAGUGCCGCCGCUCUCCAUCAUUCUACAUCCUUCCGACUUGAAAAGCUGUCACUCUUCUGUAAUCACUCUUCCUUUUCUACUCCUCUCCUGGUGGUCAAGGUUAACCCUUUCUAUCCUGGACCCCCCCCGAGAGCCUCUGCCUCAUCGCUCUGUCACUCAAAUGUUGACCACAACAAUCUGUGCACUGUUGAGGCUGAACUCCUGGUACUUUUUUCUGCCGUGGCGCUGACAGCUUUCUGAUUUGAAGGUCAGAUCAUACGUUUUUUUUUUGUUCUUGUCUCCCAGAACCAUUUCAAUGCCUUCACUGUCGGAGUGAACGUGCACAACUAGUUCUAGCACGACAUGCAAUCAACACUACAUCUUAAUCUUUACAGUGACAGACAUAUCUGACGGUGAAAUCCAGUCGUUUUCGGGGCUUUUCGUGAAGCUGCUACAAACUGUGGGAGAACUCGUUGGCUGCAAAAAAGUUUCCUCGUUGGAGUCGGUCAACAUUUGCAAACGCACUUACUUCCCAAUGCUGUCCGAGCAUCAGAGAUGACUGCUCGACUUAAGAACAGGAAGUGUCUCCUAAAGCCCUGCAGAUGUUUACAAGCUGCCCUCUAAAGCUCACGAUGGAAAACUUAAUCUGAGGUUUUUCUAGGGGGGGGUUCUGAAUUUGCUGUGAAGCCCAUUUCAGCCCACCAAGCCCACUAAUAGCAUCAGAGGCUACCUUUAGGAAGUAAGUGCAUUUGCAAACAUGCCUCCUGUCUCUGAAGCAGUGAUGUAAUCCCUCCUAUUAGCCAAUGGGCUUCAUGUAUGCUGUGUUUUCUAAGAGAGGGCUUAUUACCUGUUUUUUUCUUAUAAAUGUUAGGAUUCAACAAAGAAAGCUCCUUUGUUGUGCACAUGCUGUUUCAUGUGAGCAUUUAUCCAGCUGUUUUUUUCUUCAUUCUUUUCCUUCCACUUGUGCAGUUUGUUCCAUGUUAUAUGCACACAAAUGGCAUCUUGAUGUCAUGCUUGCCUUUAGUCACAGACUUCACAUUUGCCUUUCUACAAACAUGGAUGUCUGCAUCUGAUUUUUUUUUUUUUUUUACAGGGACCCCUGGUGAAUCCUCAUCUCGUAGUCGUGCACACGGGCCGAGCUGCAAACGUGUAGAUGGGAAAACGAAUUGUGUUACAUUAUUGCUGCAUAAUGUGUCUUCAUAAAGUGUUGUCUUCCUUCUUGCAGACUUUUAGGGGAAAGAACAAAUUAUAAGUUGUUUACCUUUCCUGGGUUUUUUUUUUCUUUCUGUCGAUGGAAAGUUUCUUGUUUGACAUAAAGAGAUUUGCUCUUGUAGUUAAAUUAGUUAAUAUUGUGGAGAAAUUAGUGCAAAGUUGUUUGCAGGCUUUGGUAAAUAAAUACUGUUGAGAUUUGACUGAAGGAAUAGUUGAAAUAUUUUCAGGAAUAUGCUCGUUGGCUCCUUUUGUCAACUAUUAGAAUAUGUAUAAGGCUAUUACGGGGAAUCUGGUGGCUUGGUUUGACCCGGUUCAGGAUGGUUUCACCCCCACUACAGUCGACGGUCCACAAAGAAGCUGGGGAGUGGUUCUGUAUCAGCUGAGCUUAAGAAAUGCAAUUGCCUCAAAUCUGUUUUUUGUCACUUUUCUGCAUCUUUGUAGUUUCUGUGGUUCUUGAGCUUCUUUGUGUCAUUCUGAUGAACUCAAAGGAGAAAAGUCGGUACAGCUGCAGCUUUCUGUGCAUGAGGAGGCAGCAGGAAAGUUUAAAAAAAGCUGGAACUUUCUUUGUUCUUUUUUGGUGGACACUUUUGGAGUCGACUCAUGUAAAUGUACGAGGGUUUACAUGGUGUUUUGGCUGGUAGACUUCAGCUGCACGAAGCACGGCUCGCACACGCUCAGAAGCAACCGAAAAAAUCCAAUCUAAGCAGGCUUGAUGGAUAAAGAUGCUUUCCUCCAAAUGUUCGCUCAGUUUGCUUCAAAGAGGCUCAAACUUUAUUUCCUUUUUUUACUACAAAGCUUUCAUCUAAAUCCGCUUUCGUUCAUUUCAUCCAUUUGCAGUCAAAAACUUUUUUUUGCAUCACAUUCCAAACUCCAGAGAUUUUAGGCCAAGACAUGAUCUCAUCCUGUUAAAUCACUUUUUUCUCUCUCUCUUAGGCUGUUAAAAAACUAUGUCCUCCAGGGAAAAAUACCUUCUUCUCUUUCCUGCUUUCUACCCCGCUCCCGGAUUCCUUCUGUAUAUACAUCUGUAGCUAGGACUUUGUGCUCACAUGGGGCAUUUCUUUUUGUUUUGUAUUUGUUAUUAAUACUAAACACGAUGAAUUCUCAAACAUCUCAGUCAUUCAUUCUUCUACAAAACUUGUGAGACGACUGUAAACUCAAGUGCCUUCUCUUGUCUCCCACUGACUCCCAACCACGUUUCCACCAGUUUGGACCAAAGACAUCAGCCAUCCCUGACCACCCAGGCCUCUUUCUCCCCCCCUCACUGAAUGGCACACUUUUCAUUUACUAAAAAUAAAACAAUUUGCAAUACAAA